CAUUCACUUGGUUUGAGUUUAUUGGAGAGGUUGUAUUUUAUCGUUUGUGCAGAUUUUCAGCUUGGAUAAUGAAAAUAAGUAGAAAUAUCAUUAAAUAGCUCUAUUCAUUAGUCUACCAUGCUUUGAAAAUCCGGAAGUCAUCAAUAGAAAUCAAGAUGGAAACCGAUGAAGACCAACGUGUCAGCGAGAACGGUGACAUUUUCGUUCAUCGUCUCAAAGAUUUGACUGAUGAAGAAAAGUUACGUUUAGACGCUCAAAACUCUCGAAUAAUACCUGAAGCCAAAGCUGCUAGGUUGGAGAAAGAAGCUAAGCGUCACUGGGACAUCUUUUACAAGAGAAAUGAGACUAAAUUCUUCAAGGACCGGCAUUGGACCACACGUGAGUUUCAAGAGCUUAUAAACUUUGAUGUUGAUGAAAAGAUCACGUUCUUGGAGCUGGGAUGCGGCGUGGGCAACAUGAUAUUCCCGCUAGUCGAAGAAGGUUUCACCAACUUUUAUUUCUACGCGUGUGAUUUUUCACCACGUGCUGUAGAAUUCGUAAAGAGUAACAAACUGUUUGACGAGAGUCGAAUGAAGUCAUUUUGCGCUGACCUAACCACUGAUGACUUAUUCGAGAACAUGGAAGAAUGUUGCGUGGACAUAGCGAGUCUUAUCUUCGUGUUAUCUGCCAUCCAUCCUGAUUCUUGGGCGCAAGUUGCUAAGGUGGCCUUCAGGGCGCUAAAGCCGGGCGGCGUGCUCUUGUUCCGGGACUACGGAAGGUACGACAUGGCGCAGUUACGCUUUAAGCCUGGACACAAGAUCGCUGACAACUUCUACAUGAGGCAAGAUGGUACUAGGAGCUACUACUUCACAGAAGAAGAAUUGCAGAAGCUGUUCACUGAAGCCGGUUUUGAGAUCCUCAUGAACACGUAUGUGCAGCGUCGGACAGUUAACUUCAAGGAAGGCAUCGACGUCCCUCGCAUAUUCGUACAGGGGAAAUAUCGGAAGCCUAGCAAUGGCUGAGAAUGACCCUAAGCAGAAGGUUUCUUCAAUGAAACUUUAUUUGGUAUGAAGGGUUAACAGACCUCCUUAUUCAAGAUUCACCAAAAAUUGGCUGUUGGUGCAAAUAGCAGCUACAUGUGAAAGAACCAUGCUGGAAGGUGCAGGACUUGUUAAAUACUGCUUUGAAAUGAGACAUGAAACAUGGAAGCUAGUGAAACAAGAAAAUAUACUAUAAAUUGUAUUUAAUAUCUGGCUGAGAUGGUUGCAAAAGCUUUUGGAAUUGCCAUCUAAAAGGUAUAUCCAGACAUUGGAGAUAUUUCCUACAACAAGCUGAGAAACGUAACAAGUACAUUUUGCUGAGAAUUAAGAUUCAUCUUAGUCAAUUUGGAUUUUCAAGAUCUUUGAAAGUAUGUCUAUCAAGAAUUGGCACAAGAUUUCAAGACUUUAAAAUGUAACUCGAGGUCCGGAAGAAAAUGUAUGGUCAGUGAAUACUCGUUGUAUUAUAUUGCAAUGAAAGUCGGGAAAUGGAAUUAGUUUGCAACAGAAACAAAAGAUUGUGCACCAAAAACAUCCUUUGCUUCUUCAGCAUCAGUUUCAACGUCAACCGCAACACUAGUGAAUCAAGGACGAAAUUAGUUGAUCUGAGCCCCCACCCCAGGACACAGCAGCCCGUGAGAGCUCUCACGCGCAUGAUGGCGUCCACCGUUGAGCUCAACCUGCUUAAACAGAACUGGUGGUCCGCAAGGUCCGGCCCUAACCUCAAGGAGCUUGCCCACCUCGUCGAGACAGGCGUGACAUCACAACGUGCUUGUAUUGAGCCAAAACAAAGAGAAAUUUCUGCAGACAAGGCUCCUGGAAUUUCAACUUAUUUAGGACUAUCAAAAUAGCAAUACAUACAGGUUAUGUAGAACAAAGAUAUAUUUAUUUAUACCCACAAAAUGGGGGUUUGAAGGUGCAUCUGAACAAAGCAAUUAUGAACCGGCAAUGGAAGGUGGAGAUAAUUCUAGAGAUUAGGCGACGAUAAUUUGGGACAAUCCCAAACUAUCUUGAACUUUUUAUUGCCUACCAAUUUAUUUAAAAUUUGAUAAAGAAAAUACAAGAAGGCGUUAAUUGAAUCAGAAAUUGUUUCUCUACUGUUGUUAAUGGCAUACACGUGAACCACAACUUACACAUGAUGGUGAUUGGUGGUAAGAUUACUUCGAUCUUAUCGAAUACAUCAUCAGCGACAUGUGGUGUGUGCCAAGUGAAACCCAAGGAGAUGAAUGACAUCAACCAGGUUUUACUUAAAAAACCUACAGGAAGUUAAUAAAUUUGGCCUGUCUACACUACAUGCUUGCAUUAGCUGCAUCCAACAUAUUGCAUAGGUACCAUUCAUUUUAUGAAAUGGCAAUCCAAAGGCGAUGAAUGUAAAGAAAAGAUAGCUAAUAGAAAAAAAAAAACAAAUUCAACAAUGAUUUUGGAAUCAAAUGGGACUGCGUGUAUGUAUGUGGUGAAAAGGUGUUGGAACUACAAACGACGGAAACACUGCAAGGAGAUUUUUUGCUGAUCCCACUGCUCAAAUAACGGGUGAUGUCAUGCGGAGAAAUUGUCGACGUUCAGAGCCUAUCGUCACACUGCAAAGUUUGUUGAGCUUUAUUCUUCGUACUACAUGUCUGCAAAUGUACAUAAAUUGCUCAAACAUGGUGCUGUCAUUACAGAGCAUAACAACUUUAUCACUGUCGGGAAAUUAUCCGAAGAAGCGUUUGAUUGAAGCGCGAAGCAAAGACUAAGCAUUUUCGGUGUUUCCGCUCAAGAAAGAUUAGCAGACUCACUACAAAUAAAGACAUCAUUCAUUAUCUGUUGGUUUCGUCUGAACCCUACAUUUCUAGUAUGAGACCUAAAAUUUUUUUUCUAAUACUUAUACAUAUUCCAAUAAAGAUUUUUUUGCCAUUGACCUAUCUCGAUGGUAUGUUGUGGGGCGGCAUGUCAAUCGACGGCAAAACGAACCUCGUCCACCUUAUUAUAAAACGUGGAUUUAAGAAGUACCCGCUUUAGUAAUAGGUUUAGUCCACUAACUUUGUUCGGGACGGUGGUUUAAACGUGGUACAAAAGCUGGUACUUUUUUUAAACCACGUUUUAUAAUAAGGUGGCGUGUGUCUUUCUCGGACUGGAAGUGCUCGCGAGCAAGGGUCGCUGACAGCUGCUCGGUACAUAACAGAGAUCUUAGAGGAGCAGGUUGUCCCUUAUGCGGGUUUUGUUAGCAGUGGGUUCACAUUAAUGCACGAUAACGCCCGCCGUCACACCGCUUUAAUUGUAAGAGACUACCUGCAAGAAGAUGGAAUCCCUGUUAUGCGCUGACCGGCGCGAAGUUCAGACCUGAACCCUAUUGAGCAUCUUUGGGAUGAACUGAAACGGCGAGUACGGGCACGUGAGUCCUGCCCCUACCACUCUUCAAGAGCUCCAAGAUGACGUGGUUGCAGAAUGGGACAACAUUCCGCAAGAGACUGUUGUCACGUUAAUCGGGUCCAUGAGAGAACGCAUGGAAGCAGUAAUCAGGGCCAGGGGUGUGGUGUGGUCUAUGAUCACGUAGUGAUUAGUCAGUAUUGAUAAUGUUAAGAUAAGUAGACGAUAGGGAUGCCUCGUACAGAAUAAGAUAUUUAAUAAGAUAGUAAUUAGUUAAGAUAAGCACGUAGCUUUUCCUUUGUAUAAAUAGCGUAGUAUAUUCAAUAAAGGGGGCACUUCUUAGUAGGUAUUGGUUGCCUUGACUAUACCUAGACAUGUA